UACGGGCCAGUCACGUGGUCGAUUCCUCACCGCUUACUUUUCUUUGGGGGAGCAUCCAUAAAGGCUUAAUUCGACCGAAUAUACGAGAAGAUUUUAAGCAAAAUGUGGAGAAAAAUUAUUUUUAUAUUUGUUAUUUUUCUAUUAUUUGUGAACGUUUACGGUAAUUCGAUACAAAAUCGUAAUUUAACCGAAGAAGAAAAAGUAUACGAGAUAUGGAAACAAGGUGAAAAAUCAGUCAGUAAACUCGUCGAUUCUCUUGUAAAAUCAAUAUUACCUUAUGGAAUGAGGCUCAUCUCGGAAAUUAAAUUAUCUUCUGGAUGUCAAAGUUCGAUUAUGCGCUGGAUAUUCGAUUUGAGAAAGUUGAAAAUGUCGGCCGUUGAACUGUUAGAUGCAUUUGGUAAACCAUUCCCUGGAAUAUUUUAUGGUACAUUUUCAAUGUAUGGUAAUUACGAACAGUGCUUAAGUACAGUUUCGAAGAACGAAAAAAGUGGCAAAGAAUACUUUAAAGGUCAAUAUUGUUCAAUUAGUUUAAAACCGGCUCUUCCACCGAAACCAGAUAAAAUUGUAUUGCAAAAAGUUAUGCCAAUUUUUAAGGAUUUUGUCAAAGAAAAAGACACGCUUGUACGUUUUAUUGCUUCCUAUGCUCAUCUCAUGUAUAAUCUGUCUUUACGUUAUGACAUUUGCAUACCUGAUAAAUGUACCAAGGAAGAUAUAAGUCUUGUGAUUGAUUAUAUGCAACAAAAUACUGAUUUCUUAAAAAUAAAACUUGAUUGGUGCGAAAUUUAUACUGAAGAAAAGUUGGAUAUUGUUCAUCAUAUUUGCUCAUAUUCUAUAGCUGUUGUGUGUGGAAUUGUUUUAAUUGCGACUCUAUGGCAUUGGCUUAUGAUGAGCGAACACUUCAAAAUAAAAACUGCUGCAGAUAAGUACGUGAAAGCAUUUUCCAUUGUGAAUUCAUUAAAAUCUCUUACGAAAUUCAAUCAUGAGAAAUUAUCGGCAUUACAUGGCAUUAGAUUUAUUUCAUGUGUACUGUUGAUUCUUAUUUAUUCCUUAUUUAAUUUUGAUUUGGAUAUAUUCAGUGGACUUUUAAAUUUUCUCAGUUUACCGAACUAUACACCUGCGGAAUUGCUUUUGCACGCUUCAUUAUACAUAGACUCAUUUUUCCUACUCAGUGGUAUUAUGGUCAUGUUUUCAAAUCUUCCGAGAGAUAAACAACACGAAGGGAAAUUUUAUGUUCUUUCUUAUCUAGGAAGAAGGCUCUUCAGAAUAAUUCCAACUUAUUUAUUUCUGAUGGCUUGCAUUAUCGUUCUUCCAAACGCGGGAUCUGGUCCUCUCUGGAAUCAAACUGUCAAGAAAGACGCACAACUUUGCAGAGAACAUUGGUGGAAAAAUUUACUUUUUAUAAACAAUUUCAUUGUCAGUGCUAAUAAUAUGUGCCUCCACAACAGUUGGUAUGUGGCUAACGAUAUACAAUUAUACAGUUUCGCAUUGAUAAUCCUUUCUCUUCUGAUAGUCUGGAGAGCCAAACAUUGGGCGAUAUUAACAGGAGUUGUCAUAUCUUUGGCUGGAAUGAUCUCUGUUGGAUUUAUUACUUAUUUUAAUGAUUAUAAUGCUACUCUUCUGUUGUCAAAUUUCGAUUUUACGAAAAUAUAUAAUUACAUGGAUAUUAUUUAUCAUUUACCACACGAUCACAUUGCCUGUUAUUGCGCUGGAUUAGCCUUGGGUUAUCUUUUCGUUAAUAAACCCGAAGUAAAACUAUCUAUACCGGUGCAGAUCUUAGGAUGGACCAUUUCAACAUGUCUUUGGAGUAGUAUAUUGUUUGGAAUCGAUCCUUGGAAUAGAGGAGAUCUUCCUGAAGUUCUCCUAUCGAGUAUAUUUGCAGCCACACAUAGAUUAGCAUUUUGUAUUGGAAUUGGUUGGAUAGUAUUUGUAUGUUAUUACGGAUACGGAGGGUUUAUUAACUAUAUAUUGUCCAAUCCUAUCUUUGCUGUUGCCAGCAAAUUAACUUAUGCAGCAUUUUUGGGUUAUAGUAUCACAUAUAACAUGGUUUUUGGAUUUUUCCGUUUUCAUGUAUACGUCAGCCGGAUCGAAUUUAUAUUCUUUCUAAUCGCUUACAUUGUAACUUUGUAUGCAGUUGCCUUCGUCGUUUAUUUGAUAAUUGAUGGGCCAGUAAUUUCUUUGAAGAAAAUUAUAUUUUAUCAUCCACUUUUGGAAUGUAACACAAACGUAUUUAAAAACGAUAUUAAAAUUAUCCCAAAUAACGAAAAAAUCAAUAAAUUCGACACAUUAAAUUCUAGAAGGUCUUUUAAUAUGGAUACAAAAAGGUGCAAUCAGCUUGCAGAGACAAGUAGCAUGUAUAACUGCAAAUUAUAAAAAUAUGUGUAGAUAUUAACAUCCAAAAUUAAUCUAGAAUUCGAAAAAUAAUCCAUAUCGAUUGUAUGGUAUUUCAAUGCAUAAAUCCCAUACAAUCCAUCGGAAAUGUACAGGAAUGCUGUAAAGUAUGCAAUACAUUUGCUCAAUGAAAUUGUGAGAAUUCAUUAAUGAAAUCAUUAUUAAACAAAUUUAUUAUGUGCAAUGAAAAACAUUAUGUAAUAAGUAAAAAGUAAGUCUAAAUUUGAAUAUUUUAAAGUAAAUUUUUACUACUUUUACCGUAUGUAAUAUAGCGUAUAUACAGUUGAACAAAUGAAAGUGGCCAUUUUUUCCCAGAAACUUUCAUUUUUUGAAAAGAAAUGCAUACAAAACAGUCUCUAAACGACGUCCAUUUUUUAUAUUUCCGUUACUCAGAGUGUUGACUGUGUAUAUACGUAUAUAAAGGCCAUAAUUAAAAUCGGACAUAUUUUUGAAUGGUAUUUUUACUGAUGGAAUGAUGUUAGAAUACGAAAUGGCGACUAAAUGUAACAUUUCUAUUGAUAAGAUGAUAACUCAAGAUAUUCAAAAUAUAUUAUUUGCAUUUUUGUGUUUAGUUGUAUUUGUUUUUUAUGUGAUUUAUGUGCUUUUAUUGCUGUUUUAAAAAGUCUUUGUAACAAUUGGUAAUUAAUUGUAUUCAUUGACAAUUGGAUAAUUGUCACAUUGUUCAUCUGUGAGGAAUUUUUAUUUACUUCUGUAAAAUUAGACAUUUUAAAGUUCAAUUUUUAUCUUUAAACACGAAUAUUUUAUUUUGUUUUACGUGUUAAUGUCAUCAUAACCAUUACUUUUUAUUGAAAUUGUGUAGUAUUGAUUGAAGUAUACAUUACAUGUGUAUAUUUUCUUUAUACAAACGUGUAUUAGUCUGAAUAUUUGUAAUGUUAGUAUUUGUAGAUAAAUAUUUAUAUCGUUCGAAAUUUUUACAUCUUUUGUAAUCAAUAAAUUUUUGGCAUUUCUUUCUUUUUAGUAUUUCCUGUUUAAGCUGCAGAAUCAUUGAAUAUAAACAAAAAUUCUUUUCGUAUUUCUAACGUUUUACGUAUUACGUAAAACACAUUUCGUUAUAGUAUUUGUAGCGUGUGUAAAUCUGUAUAUUGGACAAAAUGUAUUUUUGUUUUGUACGAAACUGUGUUUAUUUUAUUUUGUAUUCGUCUAAUUUUUAUUUUAUUUGAUUUUAUUUUUUUGCAUUUUAAACUCGUUCUUCCUUGUAGACACUUAGAAAUCCUUUUUCUCCAUAUCCAUCAUAGGUUCGGCCAGACCCACAAUGGGGAUGAGAGGGCACGAACAUGACUCGAUAUAUUCGGGACAAACCUCAUGUAAAAAAACAAAUCCCUGGGGAGUUGCUCGCCCGGAUUCGAUUUCAGAUCUCCCAUAAUCGCCUCAGCUAUCCAGUUGUUAAUUUUUGUUUAUAUAUUGAUUCCAUGGUGUUUUAUUUUAUUACUUUUAUCACGAAUUUUAUAAUUAUAUCUAUUAUAAUUUUGAUCGAAUGAUAUAAAUUUCAAUAAUUAAAUUAAUUCUCUACAUUUUUAUGCAGCAGUUUGUUAAAUAUAAAUCAAGUUACAUACUAUAACACAUUAGUUACCCAUUAUAAUUAAUGAGGCUCAACCAUUUUUGAAUUCUACUUAUUGAAUUUUAAAAAAAAUAUGCAAUAAAUUCUUCCGAAACAAGUACAAAAAAAAAAGCAUUUACUUGAAUAUCAAGAUAAAAUUCCCUUAACUUUUUAUACACUAGAACAUAUCUUGUUAUACAAGCGAAUUUUUUAUAUGUGUUAAAUUAUGAUUUUAAUAUU